AUGAUUACUCUAAGUGAAAAACUGAUACUGGAUUGUAGCAAAGGGAUCUCGAAAGUUGCUCAGAUUCUUAAAAGUGGAUUUGGUUCUCCAAACCUCUGUGCUGUGCUACAGCAUGCUUCAAAGCAAAAGAUACUUUUGAAAUCAGCUUUUUCACUUCCAGAUCUUACGGAGCAGUUUUCACCUCCUGAUGUUGCUCCACCAAUCCUUAUCAAGAUAGUGGAGACAAUUGAAAAGAAAGGUCUGGAGUGUUCGACUUUGUAUGGAACACAAGGCUCAAGCAGCACAGCAGAAUUAAGACAAAUUCUUGAAUGUGAUGCCUCUUCGUUGGAUUUAGAAACAUUUGAUGUGCAUACUUUAUCAGACGCUCUCAAGAGGUAUCUCCUGGACUUGCCAAAUCCCAUCAUUCCAGCAGCUGUUCACAGUGACAUGAUUUCUGCAGCUCAGGAAGUGCAGAGCUCAGAGGAAUAUGCUCAGUUGCUGAAGAAACUCAUCAGAGCUCCAAAUAUACCUCCCCAGUAUUGGCUCACACUCCAAUAUUUGCUCAAACAUUUCCUCAGACUUUGUCAAGCCUCCAGCAAAAAUCUCUUGAAUGCAAGGUCUCUAGCUGAAAUUUUCGGCCCUCUGCUUUUCAAAUUCCAGAUAGCAAGCUCUGAUAAUACUGAACACCACAUAAAAAUCUUAGAGGUUUUAAUCACAAGUGAAUGGAAUGAGAGACAGCCUGUACCAGCACUGCCGCCUAAGCCACCAAAACCUAAUACUGUAACUAACAACGGUAUGAAUAACAACAUGUCAUUACAAGAUGCUGAAUGGUACUGGGGAGAUAUUUCAAGAGAAGAAGUAAAUGAGAAGCUUCGAGACACUGCUGAUGGUACCUUUUUGGUACGAGAUGCUUCAACCAAAAUGCAUGGGGACUACACACUUACACUAAGGAAAGGAGGAAAUAACAAAUUAAUCAAAAUAUUUCACCGAGAUGGGAAAUACGGCUUUUCUGACCCAUUAACUUUCAACUCUGUGGUUGAGCUAAUAAACCACUACCGGAAUGAAUCUCUAGCCCAGUACAAUCCUAAACUGGAUGUAAAAUUACUCUAUCCAGUAUCUAAGUACCAGCAGGAUCAAGUGGUGAAAGAGGACAGUAUUGAAGCAGUGGGGAAGAAAUUACAUGAAUAUAAUACCCAGUUCCAAGAAAAAAGCCGAGAAUAUGACAGACUCUAUGAAGACUAUACAAGAACAUCUCAGGAAAUUCAAAUGAAAAGAACAGCUAUUGAAGCAUUUAAUGAAACGAUAAAAAUAUUUGAAGAGCAGUGCCAGACACAAGAAAGAUACAGUAAGGAAUACAUUGAAAAAUUUAAACGUGAAGGAAAUGAGAAGGAAAUACAAAGAAUUAUGCACAACUAUGAAAAAUUGAAGUCUCGAAUAAGUGAAAUUGUGGACAGCCGACGAAGAUUAGAAGAGGAUUUAAAGAAGCAGGCAGCUGAAUAUAGAGAAAUAGACAAGCGUAUGAACAGCAUUAAGCCAGACCUCAUACAGCUGAGGAAGACAAGAGACCAGUAUUUGAUGUGGCUGACUCAAAAAGGUGUUCGGCAAAAGAAGCUAAAUGAAUGGCUGGGCAAUGAAAAUACGGAAGACCAAUACUCUAUGGUAGAAGAUGAUGAGGACUUACCCCAUCAUGAUGAGAGAACAUGGAAUGUGGGAAAUAUCAAUAGAAGCCAAGCUGAAAAUCUGCUGCGAGGAAAGCGAGAUGGAACGUUCCUUGUUCGAGAGAGCAGCAAACAAGGCUGCUAUGCUUGCUCUGUUGUGGUGGAUGGAGAGGUAAAGCACUGUGUGAUAAACAAAACACCUACUGGGUAUGGAUUUGCAGAGCCAUAUAACUUGUACAACUCACUCAAAGAACUGGUGCUACAUUAUCAACAUACAUCACUUGUGCAGCACAAUGACUCUCUCAAUGUCACACUAGCCUACCCAGUAUAUGCACAGCAGAGGCGAUGAAGAUCUUAAUACUCUGGGUUGUUUGGUUUUUUUUCUAAAGAAAAGAUUUGACAACACUGAGGCCUCUGGAGAGAGAAGGCUCCUUUCAGCCUUACUCAAGAAUUUGAGCUGCAGUAUCAAAGCUAUCUGUCUUCAGAUGGGACUAGAGCUUUUCUUCACAACUGCAGUGGGAGAGAUCACAGUAUUAAGCUGUGAACGUAUGUUUCUAAUCUGAAGUGCUUUUUUUUAAUUAAGAAAAGAAAAACACAAGAGAGAGAAAUCCUAACCUGAUCUCCCUGCAGGGACAUAGAGGCCUUUAACCAUGGUGCUUGUUUACGACCACUUCUGAAGCUUUACCAGCUAGAACGUUGGAUUCUGCGGACCUCAGGUGUAAGAGGUCUUUGUGAUCUGAUUAUCGGAAUGUCUUGGUCGCGACCUGGUUUGGAUUUGGUGUUGCUGCACUCAGUGGAUCCAGACACAACGCAUUGUGGAUUUUUUGGAUUCUGGUGAAAGAUAUGUAGCAGAACGGCACUUUCAUUUAUAAGGGACACUUUAAAAGGACUUCAGUUACAGUAUGUUGUUCAGAGGAAUCGUAAUAGCGAAGUGCCAGGAAGUGUUUUGUUUAGACAUUUAAAAACCCUGUUUUAAGAAUAUAUUUAAGACUGAAGAAAACAGGACUUUCAAUGGCAUACAGUAUAUAAUAAUGUAAAUAGUAUUGGAUGACUAACUAUCAUUGAUGGAAACUAUCAAUACCAAACUGCUUCUCUUUUCCCUUUUCUGUUUGCUGAAAGCUGAAUCCUUAGACCGUGCUAUGCAAUACUAAAUUUUCUUUAGGCUUUAGUCCUGUCUCAAGCAUAUCUACAGGUUAAGCUUGUUUUUCUUUCUUCUUUCCUUGCUUUCUUUUUCUUUCUUUCUUUCUUUUGCCUGAGAAUAUUUUUCCUGAUGAUAAUUUUUUGUUAUUCAUUUUGUUGUUUGUUUUUUUAAAAAGAAAUGUACAGGAAGCCAGCAAGAGUUGGCUUCAGAAUUAAAACUAUGAAAUAUUUUACAAUUUUCUUUGUAUAGAAUAUUGAGCUACUAGCUCCAAGUUUAAAAAGUUCAUAAUUUUUUUUUGACUAAAUAUUUUGUUGGGCAGUGCCUGAUAAGCUUCAAAGCUGCUUUAUUCAAUAAAAAUAUAUGAACAUUACAAAAUAUCAUUGAGUCCAACAAUAUUGUUUCAGAGAUAUCCUUAGAAUACGGUACCGUGCUAUGUUUGCUUCAUGAAGCAUUUUGAACUUCUGUCUUGAUUGUCUUUGUAUUUGGAAGAGGAAAAGUUGUAUAUCCUUUUCUGAUAGUGACUGCAGAAAAAACAAAGGAAAAUUUGGCUAUGAGGAGAGAGAGUUUGAAUUUCAGAGUGAAUCUGCUCUUCAUAGUAAAUAAAUCACAUCUUGACCUACUGUGGCAGAAUUUUUGUUAGCAUGUCAAGAUAUUUUCAUUUCAUAUGAAGGAAGUUUCUCUAAACUGUUGCCUAGGAUUUUUUUUUUUUUUUGUAUUAGUGUUGUGAAAAAAGCGCUUUCCUUUGCUCAGAACAAUUAGAUACAACAUAGAGCUAAUUACAAUUGGAAAACCUUUGUUUUAAAAAUAUCAUCAGGCUGUCAAAGUUAACAUUCUGGAUUUAUUUUCUUAAGCUUAUGGACUGAGGCAAUAUCAAAGUGAACACUUUUACCAUUCAGGCACCAAAGACUUACAGAAUUGUGGUUCUGUUAAAGGAAACAAAUAUAUGAAUCCCACUAACACAAACUUAUUAGGAAUUCUGGGGCUAUUCACUGUGGGUGGCUUGAAAUGGUUAUUAAUUUCCUUAACCAUACUGAGUAAAUUCACACAUUACAAACUAAUAAAGUAAUGAUAUUCAGAGAAAUCUUGGAAAAGUUUUGACUAAAUGAAGAUAAGAGUUUAUUCUUCCCUUGAGAUGCAAAGGGAAAACCCAUUACUAUUAAAGGCAGUUGCAUACACAAUCAAAGGAGUAAGACCCACGGAGUUCUCUCAUAAUAGCUCCGUUUUAGAAAUAUAUGUUUUAAGACAAAGUAUGCAGUACUUAUUAAGCUAUUGGAAAUAAUAGGAAAUUUGCCAGUCACCAAUAGUUUUUAUGUUAUCUCUUAAUUUUUACGUUAUCCCUUCAUUUCUGAUGCUGUAAGGCUUUUGUUUUUAUUUGGAUUUUGUGCUAUUUUUGGUGGAUUGUUCUUGCUUUCCUGUAGAUGUAUUUUCUUACUGAAACUUAUAUCAGGAAACAAGAUUCAAUCAACAUUAAAGUAUCAAGAUAAGUCAUCACUUUAAAAAUUAUUGUGAAUUUUUUUGGAUAGAAUUUUGGUCUUCAUCCCUUCCCUUUCUCAUUCUCCCCCAGUCAGGUGUCUCAGGAUAGGAGCAUGUGAAUUUGGUUUUCUAGUAACUUUCUUCUACUAUUACAGGCACCAACAGUUAUUCUAGUGUGACGGUCAUACUGCUGGGCUUAAAGUUACAAAUUAGUUCAAUAUACAACAAUUUAACACCUGUAGCAAUCCAAAGUAUUCCUCUGAUGUAUAUUAAUUUUUGAAAUUUUAAGCAUAAAAUUGUACUUUUUUCUCUAUAGGAAAAUUGUACGCAAUUGGAAUUGAUGUUUCACUUAAUAUUUCUCAAGAAAUUUUAUGGUAGUUUUGGAUCUAAGUUUGGAUCUAAAUUUUUAGCAUGCCCAGCCUAUUAUGGGAUACCGUUUGUUCUUCUGUCAUGCCAUACUGCUUCACUUCAUCUGUGGUUGUAGCGAAGAAAAACUAGUGUUUUUGCAAAUUUGGCACUUGCUUUUCUUCCAUAAGAAACAGUGAGUCAAGCACUGCGUUGCAAGGAUUAGUGUUUAGAGAGUCUCAAGUCCUGCCUGUGCAGGGUCCGUGCAAUGCACAAGGAUCACUUAAACCCUCAGAGUGGGCAUGCGAGGGACUUGUGUGGUACCCAGGCAUUGGGUGGCCUCUGCAUUUCCCUUCUUCCACAACGCACAGCACCGCAUCCUGCCAAAGGCCCUGUCCACUGCGGAGCUGUUUUUCCUUAAUAUACCAUAUUGCUCACUUCAGUUUUGAUUUGAUCUAAAACAGACUAUUUAUCAGGGAAAAAAAAAAAACAGGUGAAUAUCACUGAAGAAACGUGGUGCUUUUCUGUAUUUCUAUUGAUAUAUAGUGUUUCCAUCUAAUGUGGUUCAGGAGUGGGAUUUGGUUUAGUUUGGUUUUUUGGUCUGGGGAUUUUUUUAUUUUAUUCUAAAUCCCUGAGUUAUGCUGUCCUGCAGCAGCACUUUCACAAGGCUUUUGAAAGGUAUGACACACAGCACAGAGAACCUAGCACUCCCAAGCAAUAUGAGGAAAAAUCAUGCGAGUUUUUGAUUUCUUUUUAAUUUGAAAUUUGAACGUGAAGGUUUGGGGGUGUGCGUGUUUGUGUGCGUAAGCACACACACAUGCCAUGUGUAUGUAUUAAUAGAUCCUAAUAUAGGCCCAUUUGCACCAAACAUAAUCUUUUUGCUGACUUCAGUAAGUGACAUCAUUAGCUUUGGUUGCACACAUGCACAUACACACUAGAUCUUGGUGUGUGCAGCAUGUUUCCAAAAGCAACUAAAAGGCUAAGUUUCUGUGCUUUUUUUUUUCUUUUUAAAGCUUGACUGUAUGGUUCACUUAUCUAAGAAAUCUUGUCAAACAAUCUGUAAAACCAAAUCUUCAAAUUUUCUAUUUGGUGUCAACUGUUCUGUAGUAAAGAAAUGGCUUUGUCUUGUAAUUGGCAAUGAAAUAAUAAUGCUUGGGAAAACCUUCAGAUGCUUCUAAUGGGGAAAACUUCUGCCGAUUUUCACACAGUGCUUUUGCUAUGCAUGUUAUUAAGUUGGGAAAGUGAAACCUGAUAUUAUUUUUUUCAGGGUCACUUUAGAAAUGGGCAGCUCAAAGCACAAUGCCUCCCAUGGGACAAGGUUCCAAAAUGCAACAUUUUAUGUAGAAUAAUCAUGUAUUUACUGCAGUAGAAGACUAAACUGGACUGUGUGAGUUGGUAACGUUACGUUGCACUUGUCCUAAUGAGACUGCAUUAGCUGCCCAAGAUGCUGCUAUUUUUUUUUUUAUUCUUGUUUUAAAAAUAAAGCUGUUCUGUUAAAUGUGUUUAAAACAUUGAGAUUACUUUGUUUCAAAAUGGUCUUUGAGGAGGUGGAGGGUAAGGUGGGUUGUAAAUUGCCUUUACAAGGCAACAAUGAAAACUUGCCUCCUUGAAAUUUUGUUCAAGCUAUAGAGUUGAUGGAGCUGUGUCUUGUUUUUAAGUUGCUUUAAAAAUUGUACUAAGUCUUCAAGCAGAAUAAAGGUUGUUUUGAAACUGCA